AUGUCCGCGUCUGACCAACAAUCGGAAGCGUACCCGUCGCCCUCCGCCGCAUCGAACAAUCAUCCCUUCUACCAGCAUCUCCAACAACAAAGCCUCGAAUCCCGCACACCACAGCAGAAUGGCAGGAACACCCAGUCGCCCGGUCCUGGCGACGACAAUACGAACAGAAGAAUGUCGGAAGAUUCACAAAUGCAGGCACAUCUGGACGUAAUGGGCAGCUUUGGCAAUUUUGGCUCAGUGCCAGGACAAUUACCAUAUCCUCCUCCCGGUGCAGCGUCCUCCUCACAAGUCCCUCACGGUUCCGUCGCAUAUGCACAAGCGAACGGCACGGCCGAUGCUGGGCCUCCACCGCCGGACAAGAGCAAGCAGCGAACGAAAGUCAGUCGGGCUUGUGAUGAGUGCAGACGGAAGAAGAUACGAUGUGACGCGGUCGAUGAAGUGCCGAGCAUGCCAUGUAACAACUGUGCUCGGACGGCAGCGAAGUGCACAUUCAGUCGACAGCCGAUGAAGCGAGGACCGAGCAAGGGCUACAUCAAAGAGCUGGCAGAACGUCUAAACUCCCUCGAACAGCAGGUGCAACCUCCACAUCUGGAACAGCAGCAUCGGUACGAGAUACAGCAAGUGCAACAGGCGAUGGCGGAGGGACUUCAAGCGUAUACACAUGAUCCUCGUAUCAUGCCGGAUCCACGAAUAGGUGAUAAGCGAACGCAUGAGGUCGCGGAAGGGUUACAUCCAGGACAGCAGGCGAUAUAUUCAAAUGUGGGCAAUGCGCCGCCGCCGCAGCAGCACAUGUACGCGCCGCAUAUGCAAACACCAGGACCGACACACCAGCAGCAUAAUGUCCAGCCCUUCUGGCGGUUGUCAGGGAGUGAGAACCGACACGAUACAGUUGGCAUGGCCUUUGAAGCGGAGAACAGCACGACGAUCACGAACUUUGACUGGGACGAGGCGGUGAUUGACGAGUACUACCGGAUCAUACAUCAGACAUUCCCUCUGCUCGCGAACAAUAAAAAUCGCCUACGACAGCGGCUAGCUGAAUGUCCCGCAUCGUUACGAGAGGCAUUCCUCGCCGCGUUGGACUGCCUGAUGCGAACGUUUCCGACUUCGACCUUACAAACCAAUGCAGGCUACCACCAGGCCUUGAAGCGUACCGCCGAACUACUCGCCAAAUAUCCCUUCGACAAUCCCAGCAGUCACACGAACUCAACGAAUCUUGUAUAUCUUCAAACACUCCUGCUCAUGGCUCUAGAGAGCGACAAUCACGGUCCUGCAACGAUCCGAGGCCAAGCUGGUCCUAGUCGUGCCGAAUGGCUCGGGCGAGCAGCUGGUGUCGCCGGCCAACUAGAGAUCAACACGAUCCGAUCGACGAGCACUUCCGUAAUGGAAGGCGACCGCGAUUCCGAGGAUCGACUAGCGAGAAGAGUCUGGUGGGUGCUCUUCAUUCUCGACCGCUGGCACGCCUCUUCCACCGCGGACCUCCUCAAACUCCCCGAAAACAGUGUGGUCCUCCUCCCGGAAGAUCAAAUCCUGCUUGGUGAAUCGACUUACCACCUCGCCCGCCUCUCCUUCAUCAUUGGCCAUCUCGCAGCCAUUCUCACCACAACCAAAACUCCAACGACAGAUGUCAUGGCUCCUUCCAAUCCUGCUUCCUCUCUCCUCAACCUCACGCUCGCCGGCGAAAUCGAUCGAUUCCGCGAGUCCGUCGAAUCAGUCUGGGGAUCCCUCAAUCUGGUACACAUGAGCUACCACCACUGCCACCUUCUCAUCAAGCGACUCAGUCCGACCACCGAGCCCUCAGAACUCGUUGGUCACGCCGUCAAAGUCGCAACAGUGCUCAACAGCCGGCUGACUCCUGUCACGCCGCUGAACCACCACUUUGGCGCUCUCGCAGCCAUGACACUUUGUGAACUCUGCGACGUACCGAAGACGAGGAGUGAAGCGAUGAAAGGACUCGAUCAAUUGGCGCAAUGUCUCGGCGAAGGUCGAGGCCUGGCGGGCAAGCUAGAGAGUGAAGGCUGGGACGGAGCAGUGAGGGAGUUGGUCAAGAAGAAGAGGGAUAAAAUGUUGCAAUUCGGUGGUGAUGGAGGCUUACUAGGGUUGGCGGAUGCGGCGGUGGGUAGUAGUUCUCACGGAGAGGAGGGCCAAUUCGAUCCGACCAUGUUGACGAGGUAUGGGUAUCUGACGAGUCUGGGCCAAGGGGUGUUUUUGAGGAACACAUAG